CAAGCGUCGCGGCCGCGCCUUUUCUCAAGGCGAACGCCCGCCCGGUGCUUGAGUGGGUGAGAGCGACGGUGCGAAAAGAGUGCAAACUUAACAAGUUCACAGCGUGAACUUCACACACACACAUAUAUAUAUAUAUUAUCAACAUAUCGACUGUGCUACUCAACAACAACCUGAAUAUCCUGCUGCAGUCCUUUUGGCAGACUGCGAACUGAUGAAUGUCGGCUCAAUGCUUGGGCACGUGUAGGAACAAGACUGAAUGCUCGCAUCCACCCUUGCUCCGUCCUCCUUGCUCGGCAUGCUCUGAAGCUUUUGCGCGUGGUCAUGCUUGCAAGAUUUGCGAUUGCUGUGUUUGCCACCUUGUCGGUCGUAGCGACUACAAGCCGUGACGAUGUGGCAAUGCUACAGCAGCCCCGCAAAGACAUGGAGCCAAGAGGGCUUCAAAUGACUCAAGCCGAUUCUUUGGAGAACAUGGCAUUGGGCCCACUGAUGCUCAAAGUGAAGGAGGAGUGCCUUUCAUCCACUCAGCAAUGCUUGCCUGCUUUGAUUGAAGCCCGGCAUAGAGUUUGGCCCUAUGUGCAAGCUGAGCUCGGCAAGGAAAUCAAGCCAUAUGAGCCUAGCUCUUUCACUGCGGACUUCGCUAGCGCCUGGCUGAAGGAUGAGGUUUGCCAUGGGAAGACCUUCUUUCUGCUGCAUGUUUGGAAAGCAGUCGGCUGGGGAGCCAUUCGAAACCUCCAACAAUUGGUGGGUGGCAAUGUGAAGCGACAUAAUCGAAGGGGCUGGCGCGGCGACCUUCAUCCAUAUGACUGCCAGAACGUGUCCCAUCCCUCCACCUUCACCUUUGUGCGCAAUCCGCUCACGCGUUUCAUCUCAGGAUAUGCCCAGCUAGAGCAACUUCGAGAACAGCACUACCAUCAGGAUGCCAUAGACCAUCGAAAGAACUUCCCGCCCAAUCCCGUUCUGAAUUUUUUGACAGGCAAGCCUGGAAGCGUUGAGCGGGCCAUGCAAUUCUUGGACCGCUUCUUCGUGGAUGGCGUGCUGCAUGAUGGCCACGUCAGGCCUCAGUCGGAAUACUUUGUGAAGCCUUAUGGCAACAAAUGCUUGCUUGCUGUGGACUUUGUGGGCAAGAUGGAGAAUGUGGUUGGAGACUGGAAACGGUUCCUGGACUCACAGCAGUGCCAUGUCACCACCCAGUUUAACCUCACUGCAGGGCGGCAUAACAGCAGCAGUGACACCAAGCACGCCCUCGCUGAAGUAGCUGGGAUUGUAGGGGCUGCCUCUUUUGUGGAAUUGCAAGCAGGAGCGCAACAGUCAAUGGAGAGAGCUCUACAUUUGCAGGGGACCUAUCUACGUGCUUUGUGCUGGCUGUACUUGGUGGAUUAUGUCAUGUUCCGCUAUGAUCUUCCGCGUGGUUGCAAUCAUCCAGACAUGCUGCACAUCGCCCAGCUGUCCAACAUCUCCGUGAGCGAUUCAUAGGGGUGUGCCGGACUUCACUUGGCAGCGGCAUUCGCCAUGGGAAUCCUUGGCAACCACUCGGAUUUGUCGAACUCUCGAGGAGCACAAGACUCCUGACAAAAAAGGAGAUUGGCGGAUUGCUCCAGAUCGCUUUUUU